AUGAAGGUCAUAAAUUCUUGGAGGAAGCCAUUACCAGUGGCACUAGUAUGCAUCCUAAUCACACUGGCUAUCUGCAUUUUGGACUGCCGUGGCGUAGAGGUGACAUCACCCACCAAGAAGUCCGCUCCCCUUCGAAUAACCAAACCGCAGCCCUCAAGUCCACAGGCCAAGCCCAUUAGUGGUAUAACCACAAAGGCCCCAACAACGACGGUGGGUCAGACCACCAACCAAGAUGAUGAUGAUGGCACCUCCAGCUCCUUGGAUGAUGGCCAACUGGCCCCACUCAUCUCGUCCACAACUGAGGGAACAACUGCCAGUUUAGUGCCGGAAAUUUGUCUCAAUGGCCUGCAGUUGACCGUCAACAGUGCGGACGAGGGAUUGGUGAUACGGAAACAGGAGGAGUUUGUCAAGAUACUCGAAGGCGAAGUGAUGCUCAGUGUCCUCACCAAGGAUCCCGAUUCCGCAUUGUUCGUUAUUAAUCGAGUGAACCAGGCGAAUCUCAUAAUGGCCGACUUUGAAAUUGGACUUCGCGCCAUCAACAUUGACAACGCCAGCUUAGCCGAGAACUUACUCCUCCAGGAGGUUCAAUUCCUGCAGCAGUGCACCAAGUACUCCCUGGGCAUUUUCCUCGACUGGGAGCUGUACAAACAACUGGAGCCGGUUAUCAAGGACCUCGAGUACAAUAUCUGGCCAAUACCAGGCACUCGGGCACAUCUCUUUCCCAAGGUGGCGCAUUUGCUGCACCAAAUGCCUUGGGGCGAGAAAAUCGCAUCAGUGGAAAUAGCCACCGAAACUCUGGAGAUGUACAAUGAAUUCAUGGAGGCCGCUCGGCAGGAGCACAUGUGUCUCAUGCACUUCAAAAGUGACGAGAACGUGUACAUAAUGUUUGGCAACAAGCUGGCCAGCCACUUCAAGGAAAAUGGCACUCUAUUUUCCGUGCCCACCGAUCGAACGGAUGAUGAUUUUCUGGCAGACUUACCAAACAGAGCUUUUGUUCUGAUGGAGAACGAAAUCGACCUGACCACCACAAUGGAACUGGAUGCCACGCCCACCCAGCUGGACGAGAUUCUCAUCGGGAAGAGUGUGGUUCCUUCGCGCGUCCUCAGCUUUGCCGGCUCCAUAAUCGACCUGAUGAACUGGCUGCGCGGAUCCCUGUCCAAGCACUGUAAUCGGGACAGGGAUCAGGAACUGUAUGUCCUGGAUACCUGCUUCAAUUUCACUAAUUUCAUUGAGGACUGGCGGACAUCGGAGUAUCGGCAGGCGCACGAAACAGCUGAGAUCCUGGCCCUGUUGGUGAUGCGCAAACUGGGCACCGCCAUGAAUUUCCAAAUGUAUCAGAAGAAGGUCCUCACGAUGGACAAGAUUACGGGGGAGUCGCGCACCGAGCUACGUGAGAUUGCCUCGCAGAACUUUGUGACCAAUGUGACGACAUACUAUCACUACAAUCGGGAUAAUCACACCAGUUUGGAGCUGAAGACCAAGUUCGGUCAGGUGUUCAAUUGCCAGUACAGUGCGGGGGAUAAUCGCAGGUACCCCUUCCUGUUUGACGGAGAGUCAGUGAUGUUUUGGCGCAUCAAGAUGGACACAUGGGUGGCAACUGGGCUGACGGCCGCCAUUCUGGGCCUGAUUGCCACGCUGGCCAUCCUGGUGUUCAUUGUGGUGCGCAUCUCGUUGGGCGAUGUCUUCGAGGGCAAUCCGGCCACCUCCAUUCUGCUCCUCCUAUCCCUCAUCCUGGUCUUCUGCUCCUUUGUGCCCUUUUCCAUUGAGUACGUUGGCGAGCAGCGCAAUUCGCAUGUGACCUUCGAGGAUGCCCAGACUUUGAAUACCCUGUGCGCGGUGAGGGUUUUCAUCAUGACUCUGGUCUACUGUUUUGUGUUUUCCCUGCUCCUCUGCCGGGCUGUGAUGUUGGCUUCAAUUGGCUCGGAGGGUGGUUUCCUAUCCCACGUGAAUGGCUAUAUCCAGGCGGUAAUAUGCGCCUUUAGUGUCGUCACCCAGGUGGGCAUGUCCGUGCAACUUUUGGUCGUGAUGCAUGUGGCCUCGGAGGCGGUGUCCUGUGAGAAUAUCUACUAUGGCCGCUGGUUGUGGGGCCUCUUGGCCUACGACUUUGUGCUCCUCGUUUGUGUGGGCGCCCUGAUACCCUCCAUUUACCGAUCGCAGAGGAACUACCGCGAGGGAAUACUGAUUGUGAUAGGAUCGGUUCUCGUCAUGGUGAUUUGGGUGGCCUGGAUAGCGUUGUCCCUGUUUGGCGAUGAGUGGCGAGAUGCAGCUAUACCACUGGGUUUACAAGCCUCGGGUUGGGCUGUCCUGGUGGGCAUUCUAAUACCACGCACCUUUUUGAUCGUGAGGGGUAUCGAGCGAUCGGAUAUUGCCCAGGCCUUGCCCUCGCUCACCUCGCUGGCCUUUGCCCAGAACAAUCAGUACUCCUCGGAUCAGAGCGUCUACGAGUGCGUGAAUCCUGCGAUGCGUCACUGUUCGCAGGAGGAAAUGAACCACCAAUCGCCCAGUGAGAUCCCCACGUUACCCUUGCGAGGAGGCGGACCACGUCGCCAGCAGUUCUUCGCCAAUCUCCGCCAGGCCAAUGCCAACAUCAAUCCCCAGCGUCCUCCGCCAAGACCUCAGCAGAGUCCCUCCCGAUCCUCGGUCUCCUCGCUACCGCCCUCACCAGAUCAUAAUAAGAUCACCCGCUUCUAACCCAUUGUAUACUAACCUGUGUAAUAAGGCAUAUCUAGUCAAAAACUCCUAGAACGUGAAUUCAGCCGAAGAAUUGUCCAACAUUUUGAAUCACUGACGAACCAAGAUCCUAUGGAAGUUGAUAUAAUAAAUCGAUACAAAUUAUCAUAAUCGUAAUGUAA